AUGCUUCUUCGAACAACUUCUUCGCUGCUGGCAGCCUUGGCUCUGGCAGCUUUACCUUUCUCAACUGCCGUGCCUUUCUCAAUCGGCGGCAAUUCCAGUACCGCGUCUGAGGCCUGCGGCCAGAUUAGCUCCAAGAUCUCGGAUGCUAGCGACGUCAUCCACUCGUUGAAUCCCGACUUCAUACCCGAUAUCCAUCACUGGUAUCUGUCGUCAAGUCAGGUUCCAGAGUGCGUUUUCGAACCCGGCUCUGCUGAUGAUUUGGCUACUGCUAUGGAAAUUAUCGCCUCGAAGAAGUCCUCAUUUGCUGUGGAGUCAGGCGGACAUGCCUCCAUUCCUGGUUUUUCGAGUACCGACGGCGUCCACAUUUCCUUGAAACGGAUGAAUCAGGUCGUACUGUCGAGGGACAAUGCUACAGUCGAGCUUGGCUUCGGACUCACUUGGGCCGAUGUCUACGAAAAACUCGAUGGGACUGGCUACAAUGUGGUUGGUGGACGAGUGGUUGGCCCGGGAGUUGGCGGAUUUACCCUCGGUGGAGGCUUCUCCUGGAAAACUAACCAACACGGCUUGACGUGUGACACGGUCAAGAGCUUCACGUUAGUGAUGCCGAACGGGACUGUCACUCGCGUCGAUUCAGAGACGCCGGAUCUGUUCUUCGCUCUUAAGGGAGGACUGAACCGUUUUGGAGUCGUUGCCUCGGCCGAGUUCUAUACUCACCCUCAGCCUCCUCAAGUCUAUGGUGGCGUAGUAAUCUAUGGAGAUGACCACAUCGACGCCGUUAUCGAUGCGACCGCACAGUUCGACGCAGAUAACACGGACCCGAAGGCACAGAUAAUUACCACACUUCGUGGCGAGCCGACGGGCGUGGUGUCUCUAGUACUCUUCUUUUAUGACGGACCGGAACGCCCGGCGGCUUUUGCCUCGUUUGAUAAGAUUGAUUCAGUCAUCAGCCAUGUGAAGACUCAAUCGUUCGCCGACUUCGUGAAGGGUUUCCCGGCGAAUUACUUGCCCCAGGCCCGCGGUACAUUCCAUACGCUUUCGACCUCGAAAUUGACAUCCGGAUUCUUGAGUGCUGUUAAGAAUGAGUCGGACACCCUUAGAAAACAGAUGAUCGAUCACAGCGGGUUCAGCGUCAGCUAUGAUAUCGAACCGUUCUUGAAGACAUGGGGCGACAACGCAACCGAGAGCGCAUACCCGCACGCCAACUCACCUCUACCCCUAAACUUGGACUUCGCCUGGGUCUCGCCUGACGACGACGAAUUCUGGCACAACGCCAUGCGCGCGUCCGUGAACCACCUGAAGCAGGUCGCCCAGCAAGAGGGCAUCUACUCCCCGGACGACUUCGCGGCCUACCCCAACUACGCCAUCGCGAACACCACGGCCGUGGAGCUCUACGGAAGGAAGAACGCGGCUCGUCUCCGCAGCAUUCGCAGCCAGGUUGAUCCUGAUGGCGUGAUGGACCUUGCUGGCGGUUGGUCCAUUUGA